GUGUGCAGCGCAAGCGUGUCCAAAUUGGCAUUCAUGGCCAACCAGCAGCCGUAAUGACUCUCGUCCGCGGAGCCCUUCUGGAGGCCGGAUGCCGUGGUGACGCCCAUGAGAAAGGAUCAGAGGAGCAACUAGGGGUGUCGCCCGGUGUCGCAAGCGUGUUUGUACACGCUUCAGGUACAACGACAAUGUCCACCACAGGAACAUUGGACUUGCUGCGGCCGGAUUGCGACGUCCCAGUGAGCGGCGCCUUGCUGCACCGAAGUGCGGAGUCACUGUGGCGGUGUGCGCAAUGUGCCGGCCGGCAUCAUCGUCGUUGUUGUGGUCAUCGUCAUCUGAGAUGGAUUGGACAUCGGUGAUGAUUUGGACGUCGUCGUCGUCGUCGUCAUCUGAGAUGAUUUGGACGUCGUCGUCGUCGUCGUCGUCGACCACCCGUUCAAGGCGCCGUCGGACUUGCUCCAGUCCGUGGUCCAGAAGUGCCUCUUGCGGAUUGCGUCGAUGGCUGUCGUCCAGGGUGCGUGAGCUGCUGCUUGCAGCCCGUGUCUGGCAACGAUGAUGUGACGUCUGCCGGUUGCUGCUCGCCAGAAUUUGCCGUGUCUGCUGCUGAGUCCGCUGCUGCGUCU